AUGUACCACAGAUUGGGCGAGUUGGCAGCCAUUUCUGGUUAUACCUGGGUAGUGGGUAUCAUGCCGGCUGCCGGAAGACUGAUAUCUCAGCAUUCGUGCCUCGAAGCAACAGAGUAUGCACCGUCGUUAAAAUCCUCACUGCAACAAAGGGCUAUUAUGCAGCCAGGAGUUUACAAAUUCAUAAACCGCCUGAGCGGUACAGCAAUGGCCCUGGAUAAACAGGACUACACAUCCGUCGUCGGCUCUCCACCUUGUGGUGAUUCUGUCCAAAAGUGGGAAAUAGCACCUCUCGGAGCAGGAUAUACUAUCCGAAAUAUGCAAACGGGAACUCACCUAUCUGUGAAAGAACUCUGUCGCGGUGCUACCAUCUUUGCGGGGCAUUUCCCCACAGCGUGGCAAUUUAUCACCGUGAAAGUGGAUGACGAAAACGCUGAAAUGAUUGAGUACUUCCCUUUCCAGCGAGUGUCGCAGGCUUUCUUUGAUGUCGCGAGUUAGAAUCCGCUGGCCGUAUACACAACACAUGAUUGAUCUGGCCGACACUGGAAACUCAGCUCCUGGAACAAAGGUGCGGGUC